CCUAAUUGUUGUGAUAAACUUAUUAAAUAGCUAUGGUCAAAAAGCGCGUCCUGGACGAUAAAAUCAAGGCACUAGCCACUCUUCGGAAGAAGAUGGACAGUGAUUGGAAGGAUUUAGAACGGUUAGGAAAAACAGUGAAUGAAAAAACAAAGCUGAAGUUUGAAGACGCCUUAAAGAAAUGCAGCGAUGAUUAUACUCAGUUCAAGAAUGCCAAGCAAGACUUAGAGGCACUGGAGGAUGACCAAGAAAAGAACUUUGAGAAGAAGAAAAAUAGUGAAUUGGAACUAUGCAAAAAAUCUAUGGAGUUUCUGCUCGCUCAAAUGGAAAUGGCGUCAGAGAAAGAAGUUGAAUUGGGCCACGAAAUAGCAGAUAAUAUCAAAGAUGUUAUCCAGGAUAUUAAAAAACGCAAUCUUAAAGUAGACGACGAGGAGGAAGAAAGUGACGAGGAAAACGAAGAUGACGAGGAAGAUGAAACGGAACCCUUGUCUGAGAAUAGAACUAAUAAUGAAUCGAAAGAUGAGGUGACGGAGAACAUCGAGGAGGGAGAGAGCGAUGAAGACAAGAGCGAAUAUACAGAAUACACUGAGUAUCAGGAUCCGGAAAACGAAUACUCAACUCUGUCCAAAACAAACCAGUCCAAAGCAAACCAAGAAGCAAAUCAAGAGCAGUACAUUGUCUUAGACGAUUUCAAGACAGAUCUGAGAGGGGAUUUAGAUAUACACAAAGGAGAAGUGCUCACCAUAAUUUUGAAAAGAGAAGAUGGUUGGUGGUCUUGCAAAAAUGCAAGGGGUGAACAAGGCCUGGUACCUUCAAACUAUUUGAAGCUCAAGGUUUCUGCCGAGACAAAGGCAGCGGACGAAGAGGCUGAUGAUGAAGCCGAAUAUGAUUCAGAGGAAUACGAAGAGGAAGAAGACGACGAGGAAGAGGAUUAUUCAGACAUGGAAGAUGAAGAAGACAGCAAGGAAGAUGAGAAUGAAGUUUCGACAGUCAGUGAAAAGCAGGACAAAGAGGACACCGAAAAAUCGCCUAGAUCAAACCUGAAAGGCUGGGGAUCACUGCGUAAACAACUUCAUAAGAGAACGGAGGCUGACAUAGUGGCAGCACUUGGCGGCGGUCCAUCUGGAUUCAGGCCGUCCACGACUGCCAAAUUACUGCAUUCUGAAAACUCCAGUCACUCGUAUGUAAAGGCACUGCAUCCUCAAAUCAGUGACUCUGGGUUCCAGAUGCGAGAUCUGUUCUGGGACUCGAAGACAUCGUCUCUGAAGCCGAGGGAGACUAAGGCGCUGAGGACAUUCAGAUUGCUGAUAGCGAAGAAUGUGCCUCUUCCGGCGGAGGGAGUGCAAGUGCUGUGUAGAUAUGCAAACAUUUGCCUGUUCGACGGCAACUCGAUUCAAAGCAACAUCAUGACAGUCAAAGCAACGUGGAAUGAAAGUGACCCCAAAACAUGGAGGUUUACUCCAAAGACGAGUGGCUUGAUUCCGACAUUGCUGGAGGGCUAUGGUUUCUUCAGAUUCCCCUCCUACAUCAUCAACUUGGGACUGUUGGUCGAAUUGAACGUCGCCUACCACCGACCAAAGUCAGGAGAGAAAGGGGAUAUGUCUUGUGGUCGUGUUUACUUGAAGCUAUGCAGUGACUAUGGGAGCUCCCUGGCAAUAGGAAACAAGGAGUUUGAGAUAGAAAUUCAAGGAGGAACCCCGUUUGAAAAGGACGUUGCACUAGAUGCUACUGCUACCGGAGACACAUCCUUGACAGGGUCAAAUACCCUCCGAUCUCUAAUGUCGACUAAAAGACAAAUAACGCUCUCACUGAAAAUGGGAGAACUGAGUAAAGAGGAGAAACAGAUGGCAUCUUAUUUGCCAGUCUAUAUUGUGAUGCCAGUCACUUCUCUCCAGUUUACGAUGUUCUACCGGCAGAUUCUGGCCCAGGAGUUGCUAGGGGGCGGCAAAGAGAGAAGCGUCAUAAAACCGAUUUCUUCGCCAUUCUUGGCUAACUUCCCCGUCGCAAUGGACACUCCAGACUUGAUCGAUUUACUCAGGAGUGAAUGGAUGGAGUUGGCGAAAAAUAUGAAACGUGCGGAAAAGAAAAAUCCUGUGUUUCUGCGGAACAGCUUCCACACGUUGUUCCUGCAGACUGUCUAUCCUAUCAUGUACUCCUACGCCUUGCCGAAGUUCGCUCUCAAUGACCAAGAAUCUCAAAGUGAGCGGUGGAGAUUGAUCAAUGAGUUGGCAGCAGAUACUAAGAAACACCCAAUAGCUACUUCCGUCACAAUCCAGUACAAACCUUUCCUAUUGCAAGAGACAGUGGUGGAUGUCAUCAACCCAUACAUCGCCUCACAAGUUGCAGUGGCAUGAGAAACCCGCGUGAAGACAAGGUCUUCAGCUGGCUAAAUGAAAAAUUAUGCAAAAUUGAGAUAUCGUGCGUUAAUUGUAAAAAUGGAAAAUGAGCUAAACAGAUUUACCAAUAAGAUUCUGUAUAUUUUGUAAAUAAUGCAUCUCUUUCAUUGUAAAUAUAGUCAAAUUUUUGUAAAACAGAUUUUUUUAUUUAUGCACAUGAAAAGUACAGAUUUUUUGAAUUUU